AUGAGUAACAUUUAUAUCCAAGAGCCUCCCAGCAACGGGAAGGAUGAAUUCCAUUCUCGGCUGCGGUUCGUCCGCCGUGGUCUGGUUGCCAUGGCAAAUGCAGGACCCAGUGACAAUGGAAGUCAGUUUUUCUUCACGCUUGGCUCCACCCCAGAGCUUGCCCAGAAACACACCAUAUUCGGCAAGGUGACUGGUAAUACAAUCUACAACAUGUUGAAGCUACAAGAAGUCGGUAUCGGACCGAAUGACCGACCCUACUGUCCACCAAAGAUCACCUCAACUGAAGUAUUAUCGAACCCAUUUGAUGACAUUGUCCCCAGGCAGUUGAAGCGACCGAAGAAGGAGAAGACGGAGGAGAAGAAGAACAAAAGCCAAUCAAAGGCAACCAAAAAUUUCAACCUUUUGUCGUUCGGGGAGGAGGCUGAAGAGGAUGAAGUCGAAGUGAACAAAGCUACAAAGGACAUGCGUGGGAAAAGUAAAAGCAGCCAUGACUUGACCGAUGAUCCGAAACUGAGCGCCACUCCAGCCAUUGACCACGAAGAAGAAACACAGGAGAAUGAAGAUGCUGCCAAGAGUAACGUAUGUACAUUCUUGUAUGUGUGUACGGAUGGAUAUAUAUAUAUAGUCACACAUACAAUUACAUACAGUCAAACACACACUCAGCCACAUAUAUACUUUGUCUCAUACACACACACAUACAAUUACAUACAUGCAUACAGCCACACACACACUCAGCCACAUCAUCAUCAUCAUCAUCAUCAUCAUCGUUUAACGUCCACUUUCCAUGCUAGCAUGGGUUGGACGGACGAUGAGGGGCCGGAGGAGGAACGAACACAACAGCGGCCCCUGAAAGCCCUGAAGGACUCUAAUGUUGUUGACAGUAAGAAGGGAACUCCAGAGAAGAAACUGACAAGAAGUGAAGAGCUUCACUUAGAAUCUGAAAAACUGAAGAAAGAAAUCCGCGAGAUGAAAUACCCCAAGGUAGUCAACGCCAAGGAAGAGAAAGAACACACUGACCCAGGAACAAAGAGUGAAGUCGUGGCAGAGUUCCGCAAAGAACGGGAGAAAUACAAAGAGCUGAAAUACCAACAAGGCAAGAAUGGACCCAACCGUGAAGAAAUCACACUUGAUUUGCUGUCCAAGUUCCAGAAUCGGCUCCGUGCGGCCCAGAAGGUCGGCGGCGAUUAUUCCGAUGAUGACGAGGCAGAGAGCAAAGAUGACCAGAACAAGGGUGACACGAUCCCUGAUGACGACACAGACGACAUCAAUGAUAUGUCUUGGUUACGGCACAAGUUACACUUCAUCGAACCAGACUUGAAAGUCCUGGAUGCCAACGUCCACGACGUGGAUCGCUACGAGCUCUUCGACCCCCGAAACCCCAUCACGAAGCGGCGACGGGAGGCCAGCAAGCAGGCAAUGUCAUCAAAGAAGUGAUCAUCUUCCACCAUUCUUAUCAUACCACCAAUCCAACCAUGGCCAUCACCAUCAGUCACUCUCAUUAUAAACAUCUAAACUCCAUCACCACCACCACCACCACCACUGUCAUCUUUGAUUCUCUUAUAACCUCCCACCCCCACAGCAAA